CAUAAUUAGAGCUCGUGAGGAGCAUGAUCCCGUGGCAUCCACCCAUUUUUACGACCUGGAGCUGCAUGAAGGCGAUAUAAACGUUGCACUUACAUUGAAUGCUCAUGGGCGGACUAUUCGGCCUUAUCCAAGAUGACGACGCAGCUUCUGGCCACGGAGCUAGCUAAUCUCAUUCAGGAGAGCAAGCGGAAACACAGUGACCUUCGACAAGCAGCUGAAAGAUCCCUAGAAGAGCUGAAAGGCCUCGGUAAUGUGUCUGAGGCCACAGCUCCUGAGCUACUCUCCCAAAAGCCCAGCUUUGUGAAUCCCUUCAUAAUUGCAUGUGGAACCAAGAAUGCAAAGUUUACGGGCAUCGCAAUAGUUUGUCUGCAGCGACUCAUCGUUGCGAAAGCGCUGCCCAGAGCGAAACUCAACCAGGUCUUGGAGGCGUUGAUGCAGGCAUCAUCAGCAGGGCUUGACGUGCAGUUAAAGAUAUUGCAAGCGCUGCCCUCGCUGCUGCAGAACUACUCCUCAGAUUUGAAUGGCGACCUUCUUGUGACUGCUUUGAAUAUAUGUUUCAUCUUACAAAGUAGUAAGAACGCCAUUGUGAAUAAUACCUCAGCUGCUACCCUCCAACAACUGGUUGUUUCAGUCUUUGAUAAAGUGGUCGCCGAAGAUAAAAGCGGAAAUGAUGCCCCUUUUGCGGGAGAAGCGCCAUCCGGGGAUGGUAAAGUUGAGCUUCGCGCAGCCGCGUUGGAUGCCUAUCGUAUUUUCAAUGACCUAUGCCUCUUGACCGAGAAUCAACGGUCCGAAUUUUUACGUUUCUCAGGCUUGCAGCAAACAUUUGGGCUAGAGUUAAUCGAGUCAGUUAUCACAAAUCAUGCAGCUGUCUUCACGAGCCAUGCUGAGCAAACUCAUAUUCUCCGCGAGCGCGUUAUGCCUCUCCUGAUGAGUGCACUUAAAGGGAGACCAUCGUUCGCCACAACUGUGAGACUCGUUCGCAUUCUCUAUACACUGUUGCGUCGCCAUAUUAGCGUCCUGCCUUCAGAGUGUGGUGAUGCGCUCUUGCUGCUUACAACCCUCUUGGACCAAGAUACCGCUGUCUGGAAGCGAGCUUUGUGCAUGGAAGUCUUCCGCGGCAUAUUUGCUGAACAUUCUCUUGUUCGUCGCAUAUUCGCGAUGUAUGACGCAAAGGAGGGCGAGAAGGACAUUAUCAAAACGCUUACCGCGACCUUUGUUCGACUCAGCACUGAGAAGCCAGCAGUAAUUGGUCUAGGGCAUCAAUCCACGAUGCCAGUUUCCGAUCCUUCUGGCAGCUCUGGCCUAUCUGCAGAUCCAGCCUUGAUCGAAGCGACUAGUGUCACUGGGAUAAUCAGUGGCUCUGUUGGAUCGGAGAGUUCCAACGUUGGUAUUAGCAUACAAUGGAGCUCUGUUCGCGUUCCUUGUAUCGACCAGCUGGAUAAAACCGAAGCUCCUGCUAUUCCCGAGUCGUACAUUUACAGCUUGAUACUGGCAUGUAUUUCAUCGCUGUCGGAUGGGCUUGCCAAGUUUAUCCUACCUCUUACAGUUCCUAAUGAGAAUCGAGCUCGACGAAAAGCAUCAAGGCAAGAUAUGGGACGUAGCUCACCUGCCCCAUCUCAUCUAGAAGCAGAAGCCCCGCCUCGCGGAGGAUCGCGGGAACGAUCGGCUUCAUUUAAGAGAAAUCCCGUGCCGCUUAAUCCUCUAGAGCUGGAAGACCACCCUGCCUACCCAGAGGUUAAAGUUUGUUCGGAGAUCGUCAAUGAGUGCUGGCCGGCUAUCCUGGCAACGUGCUCGACUUUUUUAUAUGCCGCCUUGGAUUCAGAGUAUUACCAUGGCUUGGUUCGUGCAUUUCAGCGAUUCGCCCAUGUCGCAGGCCUGUUGCAGCUCACAACGCCGCGAGAUGCAUUUUUAUCUACACUAGGAAAAGCCGCUGUGCCUCCAAAUAUUCUGAGUGCGUGCGUCAAUGCUGGCCAGUCACGAUCUGUAGCCACCACGCCAACGGAAACUCAGAACAGCGUUUUUGGCAAUGCCCGUGGCCUUCUAAGCGUCGAAAGCUUAACACAGGUGUCAAGUCCUACUGAAAGGCAGCGACAAGGGUCCAUGGAUGCAUCAAUUACUCUAAAUACUCGUAACCUCCUCUGUUUACGAGCUCUCCUCAACCUCGGCAUUGCACUUGGUCCGACGCUUGGGCUCGCCUGGGGUAUUAUACUGGAGACGUUACAGCAGGCGGACUUUGUGCUCUACGUUACCGGAAAAGCUCCAGGGAGAACUCAAUCUCUUAGCCGCGGGGGACAGGAUUACCAAAAUGAAACAGAAGGCAGUUCGCUCAUGGCAAACUUUAGCACCGAGGUUCGGUCAGUUGAAACGGCUGCAUCCAGGCUGAUUGAAAGUAGUGUUGACUUUCCCAACGAAUCUUUUAUCGAGGUGGUCCAUGCCAUCUGUGGCUUACUACCAGGCGAAGGCCAAACAAACUCAAGCACGCCAAACAAAGAACAGCCACAGCAGGGUCAGCAAGGCCAGCAGGGAAAAGUAUCAUCUGCACAACAUCGGAGGGUGCUCAGCUUCUCUGGCCAAUCCUCGACAACGUCUAAUCAAGAACUUCAAUUUGCACUAGCCAAGCUGGGGGAGAUUGCUAUGAUUAAUUUGGAACGGCUGUUGGCAUAUGAUCCGAAAGAAUCAGGCUGGGAUCCUCUGAUGGACAGGUUGAUUCAGACGUUAGAUUCGAGCGCUAUUAGUCCACCAGUGAGAACGAGAGCAUCAGAGAUCCUUGCAAAACUGGCGCUCGAAGCAGCUACUGCUUCGGGCACACAAUCCCCUGAAGUUCGGGGGGCGAUUCAACUUAGAUUGCUGGGGGCACUUCACGAUUCAUUGAAAUCUUUACAGAAAGGCGGCCGAGAUAUCUCUGUUGCAAAUGCGGCAACUGAUAUUGAGAUUCAUAGGAUUAUUUUGGAUGGCUUGCGAAGUAUUAUUGAGGAUUGUGGGCAAGUUCUAGUCAGCGGGUGGGACCUCACGUUUGAUAUUAUUGGAAGCGUUUUCGUAACGAGAGAAGCGAAUCUGGACGAGGACCAUGAACUAAUUAUCACUGCUCGGAGCCUCGGCACACGAUCUUCCAAACUUGUGCGGUCUUCUUUUAGCUCACUUCAGCUUAUUUGCUCAGAUUUUCUCCCAUCAUUGCCCAACUCAUGUUUCUUAAUUCUGGUCGACACGCUCUACAAAUUCAGUUCACAAAAUGACGAUUUGAACAUUGCAUUAACGACCGUGACCUUUUUCUGGGCCCUUUCUGAUUUCCUCUCUGGCAAAGACAAGUCACUCGAUAUCACGAUUGACCUAUUUCAAGAUGCCGAUGUAGACACGCUAGAACGCUUAGCAGCAGACUACGGCGGCCGAGGAUCUGGUGCCGCGUUAUGGAUGUUAUUGCUUUUGAGACUCACAGCCGUCGCGUCAGACGACAGGGUUGAGCUUCGCAAUACCGCAAUCCAAACUCUGCUCCGAAUCUUUGACGCAUAUGGCGAGAGACUCAGUCCUGAAGCUUGGUCAAUAUGCAUCAAGUCAGUUGUGUUUAAACUGCUAGCCUCGCUUGAAGAAGAGCUACGGAGGACUGAGGAUGAAGAAGUUGAAAAAGCCGAUAGGCCAGAGUGGCAUGACACCGCGGUGGUUGUGCUAAAUGGCAUAUCAACGUUGCUUGGAAACAAUCUUGAGGUAUUGACAGCACACUCAUCGUUCAAUAAACUUUGGAAUGAGUUGCUAGAACACUUGGCUACGCUGCUCGACUUUCAGGUCCUCGAUAUCAACACCGCAACGUUCAAAACGCUGGGGCAUGUGCUUUCUCAGUCGGGUGAUGAGGACAAGCCUGUUUUCAAUGAGACAACAGUCACAUUCGCUUGGAAUCUGUGGUCCCGUGGUAUCCCAAUCACUAAAUCGCCCGAUGGGAAGAUUCAAGACAACCAAAAUUGCCUGACUGCAUAUGUGGCGGCUCUCCGAGAAGUUUACAGGCUUAUCAAGUCUGAUCUAACUGUGGAGAGAGUUCAACGAAUCCUUGCUUUACUGCGAAAAACCGUUGAAGAAGCUUCUGUGGGAAGCUAUGCCACAGAUAUCGAUAACCUGACGCAGCUUCAGGCACAAAUAUUAGAUGCAGUGAAAAUGAUUCGGACUGAUAUCGACGGCGUGCCAUCGGCCCUGAUCGUGCAAGUUGCCGAAUUUGUAACCUUGGCCUAUGAUCAGGACUACAAUUCUCGACCUUUGUCAAAGAGAACAUAUGUUGCCAUGUCGAAAGCCAGUAUGCAAAUGCUGGAGAAUCUCAUUGUAAGCCAUUCAUCGGAUGCAGAUAUUUAUAAGAGCGGAUCGGUCGUCACGGCCUUAUCCGCCAUCUACAGGCCAAUUUCUCUCAAGUACCAGUUUCCCAUCACCACGAGAUCCAUUCAGCCCUGGAAAUUGGCUACGUCUACUGCUUUAGUAGUCAUACAAGCAACACUGUCAAAGCUCGAUGAUCUCGACAUACCCACAGCCACAGUCCAAGAUAUCUGGCAGUGGAUCGUUGAGAUUGCAGAUGGCAUUCUCAGUGCUGAUUGUAGCAAUACACCACCCGGGACGAACAUUGAAGAUGAUGAAGCAGCAGACAUUGGCUCUUUUCACAAGAUGGCGGAGCUAAUCAUCCCCCUGAUAGGGUCAGAAAAGGUGAAAAAAGAAACUCGCCGCGCUUACACUAAAAGCCUGUUCAAAACGUCAAUCAUCCAUGAACCGCCGUCAGCCGACAAGCUCGCCCUUGAAGAUGAGGAAUCUGGUCUGUCUAUGCUAUAUACACCACGGACCGGGCGUACAAUAUCCGAUCCACCGACACUGCGCACCAAGAUGGCCUAUGUUGCGUUUGAAGAACUCUUCUUUCUCAUCUCGGUAGACGAACCGGCUGCUCACAAGUCAUCUGCUGCUAAGUCUAUGGCAGACUACACUGCUUGCAGAACCCGCAUUGCUUGCUCCACAGCGCCAUAUUUGGUCCUGCGAUGCGCAUUGACUCUCCGUGCCUAUGUAUCCGACCAGCCCCUCCGAGGCAAGAUGCCGCAACCUCUUAGCCAGAGGAAAGAAUUGGUAUGGACUUUGCAAAAAGUUGUUGAUUUGGAAAGUCAGAGCGAGGCAAUUUCACCUCUCGAAGGGGCAAAAAGUGAAAGCAGAAAGCAUCUAUUGAGGUUAUAUGCCUUGAUUGUGAGGGCGUUGGGAGUUCAAGGUGAUGAGAAGGUUUUAUCGCUUCUGCGGCAGGCUCUGGAGAUUGUUGGUGGCGAAUUUGGAGCUGUAUAAGAACAAGAGGUUGUUUUAUUGAUUUUCAGCGCGUUUUAACAUAGAUAAGAACUCCGCAAGUAAUAGAAGAUGUAUGGCGAGUUGGUUUUAAUACUCGUAAACAUUUAACAUGAAUCGAUGUCUAGAUCUAUGCGUCGAUGUACCUAGUUACCCUUCUGCAGCAAGUGAGUCCUG